AUGCAAGACUCUUCCUUCAACGGCGCUGCCACUGUCAGCAAUAGCAGCGGUUGUUCUGGCCAUGGCGGCAGCAGCGAAGACACUGCACCUACUACCGGUAGUACUAAUACCAAGUCGAAGAUUGAUGCUCUCAGGAUGAGUACUAGUAAUAGUAAUGGCACCGGUGCCACAGGUAGAUCAAGAAUGAGCUCUGUGACGAGCUCUGUCACUGGAGGCUGCUUGGGCCCGCCCAAAGACGGAGCACACCCGAAGAAUAAGAAGGGAUGCGGUCUGUCGAGAACCGUGCUCUUGAGGUUUCUGCUCAUGGUCAGUCUCCUCUUCGCUAUUGCCAUUUGCACGGCCGUCUCCUUUGGCGUGCUGCGUCAGGCUGAGCAUCAAGUCGGUCUUCAAACCUACGAAUCCAUCGCAGCCAGUGCCCUCGCGGGAGCUCAAGCCAUUACACUCCGAAAGGCACAGGGAUCGCAGGUCAUGGCCACGCUCAUGGCGCAAAUCUUUCCUCGGGCCCAAGAUUGGCCAUUCAUUGCCCUGGAGGGGUACAUCCCAAUUGCCGAAAAGGUCGCACAGCUCACUUCCACAACCACACAGUCCCUCAUGGUCGUCUUGGACUUGGAGGACGAGAGUACCAUUCUCCAAGACUUUGAACAACACACCGCACAAGUAUACCGAGAUCAGGGGCGCCCGGAAGACGCUGGCGUCAACGGCUUUGGCUUUGGGCUUUGGAAGCCAGACCCCAAAAAGUCAGACAAUGCUUGUGAGUUUCAAGACUGCCGACUUCACGACACAUCCACUGAACCACCCUCCAACUGGCAUGGACACCGAAGGAUAUCCACUCCACUCAUGCUACACAACCAGCCUGCCGCCAGCAGUCUGCUGUACAAUCUCUACUCUCAAGAGAACAGAGGUGUCCACAUUGAUUCCAUGCUGGAUUGCGUUCAACGCUACCAGCUGCAACAGGACAACGAGACGCAAUCUGACAUUAUCGAUAGUAUGCAGGGACCUUCCUGUGCCGUCAUUACAGAUAUCUUGGAGUUGAAGGUCCGUCCAGGACCGGCUGGACUCUUGUUCCAACCUAUCUAUCCGGCACAUGAUCCCUCUACCAUUGUGGCCUUUGCAACUACCAGCAUCCAUUGGGAAGAAGUAUUGACCACGACCUUUCCAGACUUUGUCUCGGGCUUGACCUGUGUUGUGUCCACAGACACUACCUCAUACACAUACGAAAUCCGAGAGGGAGUUCCCCAUUUGAUUGGUCCUGGAGACUUGCACGAUGAUGCAUACACGCGUCACGCCAAGUACAUUCAUCUAAAUGCUGGCAUGGAAACUGGAGCCUUGUCCAGCGCCGUGUACACGCUCACAGUGUAUCCCACCGCGGAAAUGUUUGAUUCCUUCAGCACCAAUAGCCCCAUUGCCGUCUCAAUGGGGUUCUUUGCUGUGGUUGCCUUUUGCGCCCUGGUCUUUGUCCUAUACGAUUAUCUGAUGCAGUCUGAAGCCCAUCAUCGGGAUGUCAUCCUUGAGAUGAAGCGGCGAUUUGUCCGCUUUAUCAGUCAUGAGAUUCGGACUCCGAUGAAUACCCUGUGCAUGGGGAUCGAGUUGCUUGAGGCUGAAUUGAAAGGAACUUCAAAGAAGAUAUCUGACAGCUGCCCUGGAAACGGACAGGUGAAACAAGAGGAUGUGGACUUGUGGUACCAGGUGACGCGAGACAUUGGCCAGAACGCUCAGACAGCAGUGGAAAUCCUGAACGACCUGCUGAACUUUGAUAAAAUUGAGUCGGGCACGUUGACCUUGGAGACGGGGCCUGUCUGUGUCUGGGAUUUGGUCGAACGAACAGUUCAGCAGUUCCAGAUCCAAGCUGUCAACCGCAAAGUGGAUCUCAAAUUCGACAUGGUCAAGCCGAGACCAGUUUUCUUGCCGGAAGGGGAAGAUGUCGAAUGCGGCGGUUGUUCAGACCAUCUCACGGUUCUUGGAGACAAUGUCAAGCUGGGCCAGGUCAUUCGCAACCUCAUAUCCAAUUCACUGAAAUUUACACCUGCCAACGGAUCUAUCCAAGUCGAGGCCGCUCAUAUUCCGGGAGGCCUUCCCAACGCUGUGCCAAUUCUCUUAUCUAAAAAGGGGGAGGGUGGAGAACCCAUCUUUAGCAGCAAGUAUCCUCGCGCUGGUUCUAUCCAAAUCACGGUCAAGGACAGUGGAAUUGGUUUGACGAAAGAGCAGCUCAAGUUGCUAUUCACAGAAGGGGUCCAAUUUGAUGCAAACCGUUUGCAGCAUGGAGGUGGUUCCGGCUUGGGUCUGACGAUCGCGAAAGGCAUCGUGGAACAGCACAGUGGCACACUCCGAGCAGAUUCCGAAGGUCAGGGGCACGGAACUAUGUUCAUCAUCGAGCUGCCUCUCUACGAGCUUUCGACGGAGGAAAUGAAGUCCGGCAGGGAAAACAAGACUGUACCGUGUUCGCAGCCACCCGCAAGUCCACAGACAGGAACAACAACAGCGGGCGCAGACAAACAGCACUCAACAUGCCCCGGCAAGCGUAUCUUGGUGGCGGAAGAUGCAGUGUCGAGUCUCAAAAUGUUGAUCCGUCUACUGGAGAGAGCUGGCCACUCGUGUGUAGGGGUUGAGAAUGGCCAGGAGGCAGUCAAUGCAAUCGAAGAGGACAUCAUGGACAUGCAGAUGAAACCUGGCCAUGUUCCGUUUGACACCGUUCUGAUGGAUUUUGAAAUGCCUAUUUUGAAAGGACCUGCUGCCACCCGAAAGAUUCGAAAACUGGGUUUUGUAGGCACGGUUGUGGGUAUCACAGGCAACAUCCUAUCAGAAGAUGUCGAAUUCUUCAAGACGCAUGGUGCCGAUGAAGUGCUGCCCAAACCAAUCACAAUGUCAAGGAUAAAUGCAUUUUGGGAACAACAUGACCAUGGGACGAGAGCGCCAAACAAUUGA